UGGUUACUUUGUGCCCGCCGCUAAGCUGAUUUAGAAGGAUUUCUGCAUGAAAAAGCGCCUCUUUAAAAAGUUGUAGACGUGUUUCGGUUUAAAUGGAAUAAAGCAAAACUUGGUAAAAUGAAAGUAUAAAGAUCUAGAAACUUGAUUCCGUUACAUAUAACAUUUUUUUGCAAACAGUUUUUGUGUAAGAAACUUUGAAAUGUUGAAGAUUUAAAGUCGCCAUUUUGGUCAAUUUGAGAUUACCGAGAGUGGUGUGUUCGUACUUAUUUUGAGAAUAAAUUAUUUUGCUGAUUAUUUUUUAAUUUGUCUGAAGUGUAGUGAUAUUCGCAAAUGUCGGACAUGACUCAAAACCAAAACACGUCCAACUGGGUGAUCCAGGGAGCGAAUGGCCAACCGCAAGUGGUAAAACUGGUUCAAUCAUCAGGAAAACCCAUCGGUGGUAUGACAUCUGCAGUUACCGGAACCCCUGUAAAGAUACAGUACAAAUCUUCAGCAGCCACCUCUAAUUCUUCACAAGCCUUUAUGUCAGCUGUUGGACAGCAACAACAAAUCAUUAGGACCUUAACAUCGAACCAAAAAAUUGCGAAACAAAUGCCAAUACAGGUUACUUCAGGCACUAUUCCUAAAGGUGCAAAAACUAUUAGGUUAACUCCAGCUCAGAUGCAAAAUAUUAAAUUGGUGAGUCAAGCGCAUCUUAUGUCAGUCCCAAAUAGUCCGACCUCGCAGGCAAUUCCAGUUAUUCAGCAAGCGCCAAGUCCACAGUACCAUCCACCGCAAUCGGCUAAAAAUGUACCUCCUCCUAUUUUAUCUAGGAAGAGGCCAGAUCCGGGAGAAAAUGUAGAAUUCACGCCAGACAAACGCUUUAGAAAAGCAGAAAAACUUAGCCGAGGUUUGAGACACUUUUCGAUGAAAGUUUGCGAAAAAGUCAAAGAAAAAGUAACAACGACUUACAAUGAAGUAGCCGACGACUUGGUACGCGAAUUCACGGCUCAACAGAACACGACCAAUAGCCCUUUAGCUGAUCAAUACGACCAGAAGAAUAUCAGAAGGAGAGUGUACGACGCGCUUAACGUUCUAAUGGCCAUGAAUAUUAUUUCGAAAGAAAAGAAAGAAAUUAGGUGGAUCGGAUUACCAACGAACUCUUUACAAGAAUAUCAUCAGUUAGAAAAGGAAGUACUCAAAAAAAUGACCUUAAUUAAAGAAAAGGAAAGGCAAUUUCACGAGUUAAUCAUGAACCAAAUUGCUUUUAAAAGCCUUGCCCAAAGAAAUAAGGAAGCCGAAAAGAUUUCCGGGCCACCAGGACCAAACUGUUGUAUUCAGCUACCGUUUAUCGUUAUAAACACAAAUAAAAAGACUGUUAUUAAUUGUAGCAUCUCAAAUGACAAGAUGGACUACUUACUUCAGUUCAAUGACAAAUUCGAAAUUAAUGACGAUAUAGAGAUUUUAAAACAGAUUGGAAUGUUGCAUGGUUUGGACAAUGGAAAAUGUUCAAAGGAAGAUUUGGAAAGAAUUAAGACGCUUAUUCCAGAAUCGUUAUGGACAUAUGUAGAAAAACUUGCUUCUGGUUCAAAGGACCCAUUAGAUCAGCUGCUAGAAUCUCCGAACGCUAGCACGUCAUCAGUGCCUCACAUGUCGGAAUUUGUCGAGACAACGUUAGACGAAGACAAUUCCCGUCCCUCGAGUAGCAACGAUCCUAUGUCACCCAUGGCUGGCGAGUACUCAGAAGACGAAGGCGAUUCAGACUUGUCCAGCGACGAUAUGAACUAAUAAUGCUUUCUCAGCGAUAACGUAGAUUUUCUCCGAGCACUUUAUUUAACAUUAACCAUUAGCAGUUGUAAUGUUUUACAGAAUCAUUUGCCAAUUCUUACGACUUGAGAUAAUAGUACGAGUUUCGUGGUAAAGUAUGACAGAAACUUGUCAUUAGUGUCAUAAACCAGACCUUAUCACAUUUUGUCGUUAUCAGUCCAACACUUUUUUUACGAUGCAAAAAGGAUCUGAGAAGAGUAUUUGCUCAAAAUCUGCUGGUAUGCUUUUAUACAAAUUAGAAUUUUUUAUAUUGAGCGAAUUACCAAGGGUGGUAUACAGUGUGUGUCAAAAAGUUUGUAAGAUAUAUUUUCAGUUAUUGAAAAAAGUUUGUGUAUUUAGUAAAUCACAGUCAAUAACAAAAUAAAACACUAAAUAACCACAAUACACCAAAACCCUUUUACUUUUACACUGGAGGCGCGUUUCGCUAAC